AUGAUCGCUUUCAACAAAAUGGCGUCUAAUAUUGCUGUUGUCAUUGCGUGUAUCGCAUUAAGCUCAGUAACUUCAAUGCCGGGUUCCGCUAUUCUGAAAAAGCUCUACGAGCAGGCGGCGGCCCACAAUCAUAGACCGAUCCUUGUGAUGGUCACGAAUAUAGACGGUCACAAAUUCAAAGACUACCUUAUACCGAAAUACGACAAGAAUCAUUUAUCUGAAUCAGUGGAGGAUAAUCCCGAAGUCGUAAUGGUGAAGCCAAAACCAGGAAACGAACCGAAUUACUUGCCACACAACGACUUGGGUCCCAUAAAAUCUUACUACUCAAAACCAAAACCAGGAUACGACGUUAACCCAUUGAUUUACCGACCGCGUACUGAAGACUCGGAAAUCGCUUUAAUGGGACCGAAAAAAACAUCGAAAUCCCCGAUCCUGAAGGAGCUUCUGCGAUUCUCCAAUAAUCUCCGAUGCAGCGCAAAAAAUCAAUGCCAGGAUUCGUGCUCGGACAAAUUUAGCGGAAGGACAAAAGAUAGCUGCGCUAAGAAAUGCGAAGUGAAAUACGAUUGUGAAGAAGAGAAGGAAGACUCGUGUGAGCUAGGAGACUGUUAUGAUUCGAACGAAUGCAACGACGACGAAUGCCAGCCAAGUACCAGAGGUAUUAAACUUGAAUCUGUUAAAGCCGGAUGUACGAGAUGUUAA